CUGCUGUUGACAACCGCGACGACCUGAAGCUCAGGAGCGAAUCUCGACAAUACUGACGAUUUAUCCCCCGCAUCAAAACCAAUUUAUACAUCUACACCCAUCUAACCUCUCCUGUUGCGGCCUCACGAUUAGUCUCCCGAGAUGUCUGCCCAAAACUCCGCAGGCAUCCAGACCCUCCUCGAUGCCGAGAGGGAGGCAUCCAAGAUCGUUCAGAAGGCUCGAGAGUACCGCACCAAGAGGGUGAGGGAAGCGCGAGACGAGGCCAAGAAGGAGAUUGAGGCGUACCGCGCAAAGAAGGAGGCCGAGUACAAGGCCUUCGAGGCCCAGCACACACAAGGAAACAAGCAGGCCGAAGAGGAGGCCAACAGGGAAGUCGAGGCCAAGAUCGCAGAGAUCAAGGAGACAGGCAAGAAGAACCAGGACAAGAUCAUCAAGGACCUGCUAGCGGCCGUCUAUCAGGCUCACCCGACUCCUGCCUCAUGAAGGACCAAAAAAGGCGGGGAAGAGGCGGGGGCGGGGAAAACGACCACGAGGGGAAUACGUCGUAGUGUACCCAGUACGUGUACAUAAGGGGCACGUCGUCUUUGAGCUGGUCUCGUGAUCGAGACAGAGGGCCCAGGCUGCAGAAACGGGGGGUGGGUAGUUGUGUUGGUAAUAUCUACUUCCCAAGAUGAAGCAUAGAGGAAACGAACUGCGUGGCAGCCCGUUUGAUCACACAAUCUGGGCACAGCCCCGUCAACGAUGAGAUG